UCGUUAACUUAUUCACCAAGUCUUGCACUUGAAAUUACUGUAAUGCUGAUAAAGCGGAGAAGAAUAUGAUAUGAAAUGACACGAUGAAACGGGGUUAGUGGAAGUAAGCAGCUGUUUGAUGAAUUUCAACACGUGCCAAAUGGCAAUGCCAAUGCAUUACGUAAUAGUUCCCACUUCCUCCAUUAACCGCCUCACCAGUAAUUAGAGGGAGUAAUUAGUAAAUGGACCCUUAAUAAUAUAUAAAUUAUAUUUGAUAGAGAGAGAGAGAGACACAGAAAACUGAAAAGGAUAGAGUUUGAUAACUGAAAUACAACUACUGCAAAUUAAACUCUCUCUUCCCUGAAUAACCGCCGCCCCCACGCCGCAUUUGAUAAGUAGACUACUUACAGCACAUUCUUCCAUUUCUCUUUCUCUUACACUUUUUUCUAGGUUUUGAAAUGGAGACCAACCACAGCAGCAGCAUCCCCUCCGAUUUCCGACCUCCAACGUUGUCUUCUGGUCAUGUCAUCGGAGAACCUAGUAGUAGCUCCUCCCCUUUCCAUCCAACAACCCUAAUUUUCAACCCCAGACACCAGACCAAGAAGAAGCGCUCCAAGUUCAUCAGAAUCGACGCCACCGCCGCCGGGCUACACAGUACUAAACCCACCAGAAAGCCUGACCCCUCCGCCCCCAAAAUAACUCCCCCCUGCACCGAGUGCGGCCGAAAGUUCUGGUCAUCGAAAGCCCUCUUCGGCCACAUGCGCUGCCACCCCGAGCGCCAGUGGCGUGGGAUUAACCCCCCGCCCAACUUCCGACGCACGGCGGCGGAAACAAUUUCCGACGAAAGAGACUACUUGUAUUCUUCUUCUUUGUUGACCGAGGAGGAUCACGAAGUGGCCGCUUGUCUGUUGAUGCUGGCUCAUUCCGCCGCCGCUCCUCCUCCGGAAUAUUCUGAUUCGGCCGGUCAGCACAUAGUUGAUGGGAAUUGCGGGAGGUUUGAGUGCGCAAGUUGCAAGAAAGUGUUUGGUUCGCACCAGGCUCUUGGGGGCCAUAGGGCAAGCCACAAGAAUGUCAAGGGCUGUUAUGCAAUUACCAGGAAUAAUAAUUCAACCGCUGCAGGUGGAGGAGAUCAUCAUCAGGAACAAGAAGAAGGAGAAGAAGAAUUAGAGUGGUACUCAGAAGAUAAUAACAAUAAUGGGGGCCACAAAUGCAACAUAUGUUCUAGGGUUUUCUCAAGUGGUCAAGCAUUGGGUGGGCAUAUGAGGUGUCACUGGGAUAAGGAGGAAGCUAGGGUUUUUGGUGGAUUCGAUUUGAAUUUGUCCGGUACUGCUGGUGGUGCCACCACCACACCUCCUCCUCCUCCUCCACUUCCACCAGUUGUUGAUGAUGAUGGUGAUGCUUCUUCCCCUUAUUGUUCAGGCAUGGCUUUGGAUUAAAGGUUAGGGCUUU